AUGUCAGCAGAAACACCCCCACUAGAGCAACUUACUGCUACGUAUACCGCCCUUGCUAAAGAGCUCGGGAAUAUCGGCGUACCGGGUCUGGAGCUCAUCAUUGACAAGGCCAACGCGAAGCUCUUCGAGACAGUCAAUGACGAAAUAGCAAGCACUGUUUCUGAAAUUAAAGCCAUUAGUGAGGAAGGAAUCGAGCAACUGAGGGACAUUCUUGCGGCUGUACAGGCGCUUCCAGAUUCACUGUCAGAAACGAUUUCUGCUCUCUGCAAAGACAUAUGCUUUUCUCAAUAUGUUCCUAUUUCUUUCUACAUAACAGAGCUGGUCAGUUCCUUGCAAGAAGUUGUUCAAGAUCCUCGAGUGAUAUUUCCCCGCGUACCAUGCGGCGAUAUGCCGGUUGACCCAGUCCUUAUCUCACGGUUCAAGAAGCGCUACUAUUGUGUUGAAAAUCUAAAUCAGAAUGACCCUAACCUGAAACAGAGCGAGCGAUCCAUGCCAAUGGUUCCAGAAUCGGCUAUGGAUGUAGUCGUCAACGUUACCAGUUCUUUUGAAUCAAUUACUGAUGACUAUCUUGCGACUGCAAAGGCACUUGAACAACUCUCAGGUGGAAUGCAAGAAAUCCAGGACCGUUUUGAUACUCUACGACCCGCAGCCGAACCCAUUCUCGAGCUUCUCGAAAUGAACGGACAGAUUAACGACGUGGUCUCCCAGCUGAGCAUGAUGAUGAAGACGGGGAUCAAGUCAACCUCGGAAUCGCCACGAAGUCUAAAGGGGCAAAUGAAUUCCGAUCCUGUCUGUCAAAUCACAGAAAUUUCAUGCCUGUUCGAGAAAAUGGGAGAUUUAAAGCAAGAGCUGGAAGUCUCUGUUGCAAGGCUGCGCGAGUCGAGCGACUUGAUUUCUUCAUUGAUUGCAAACUUGAGAGACUUUCUCUCCGUUGUGCUACAUCGAUUAACGAGUAUUCUUGAAACGGCACGACGACUAGAAGCCAACAUUCCUAGAAUAGGUCGGGAACUCCGCGAAUUCUUCAUGCCUACAGGGUUUAAAACCCUCUUUCUCAGACCGUCGGCGACUUUGCUGUCCAUACUUGAAGGGCUCGAAAAUAUUAAGGAGAGUUUAUCGAAACCACUACUAGACACUGCCAAGGCCAUUUCUAGCAUAGAAGAAAGUGACCAUGUUAGGAGUGUUCUAGUAGUUAAGAACAAUGUUGACGAGCUUGAACAGAUACCUACCAAACUCGUACUGGUGUUUCAGACGCUGAAAACUCGGCAAGUAAUAUCAAUUGCUGUGGAACAGGUAAUUUCUCAGCUAAGGAAUGAACUAAGAGUUAACGUCAUCGCAACGACGGCAACUAGUUUGUUACAGGGAAGUGGACUUGAGCACAUAGCAAAUCAAGUUGGAGGCCAAUUGGGGUUCUGA